AUGAUGUCUAUUCGAGCUGUUGCGCGGUCUGUGCCUCGCACGUUAACCCGUCUGAGCUCCACCGCAUUGCGACAGUCCAGAGCAGCUCGCCCCAGCUCCCAGCUGCUGAAGUCCUCAUGGACGCCUUUCCGAACCUCACAAUUCACAUCCGCCUUCUCGACGACGCCGUUCAGACAAUCGGCGAAUAGCGCCGUCGACGAGGAGCUGUCUGUCAAGCUUGAGAGCGAGCUCCAGUUCGAGGGCGAGCUGAAGGAGAGCGAGCAGGUACCCGCCAGCGUCAAGGACUUUCUCGAAAACAGCCCGUUCGAGCUCAAGGACACGUCCGGCAAGGAGGACGUCUUCCUGACGCGGACAUACGAGAAUGAGAAGAUCACUGUCUCGUUCUCUAUCUCCGAUCUCGCCAACUACGAGCCCGACGAAUACAACGAAGACUCGGCGCUGGGCGACGAGGAGUUGGAUACCCCCGAGGGCAAGCAACUGGCCGAGGCCGAGGCGGAAGAAGGUGUCGAGGACGGAGAGGAGCGCGAGCCCGGCGUGCCGUGCCGUCUGAACAUCGUGGUCGAGAAGCCCAACAAGGGUGCGCUGAACAUCGAGGCCGUCGCGCAGGAUGGACAGAUCCUCGUCGAGAACUUCUACUACUUCAAGGAUGCCAAGAUGGCCCACGGCGAGACCCCCGAGGCUGUCCACGCCGCCGAGGACACCUACCCUGGCCCUCCGUUCGGCAGCCUCGACGAGGAUCUGCAGAUUCUGAUGGAGCGAUACCUGGAGGACCGCGGCGUCACGCAGGCCAUGGCUGUCUUCGUGCCCGACUACAUGGACCUCAAGGAGCAGCGGGAAUACAACACUUGGUUGAAGGACGUCAAGACCUUUGUCGAUGCUUGA